AUGGACACUCCCGAGGUUGCGACGCCCACGUCCGGCGCCGCUACACCCCUGACGGUGCCCUCGACACCGGCCAGGCUCGGCUUUAUACCGUUGGUGACGGUUGUUGACUUUCAUCAUGCCCGCGGGCCUGAAGUCGAAAUGUGGUUCGGCGCGGCGGAGGGUAUCGAUCCGGCGAUCGAGUAUGACUGGGGCUUGUUACCGUUCAUGGCGCUUAGCGAUGGAGCGCAUUUAUCAAGCGAGGACUUCUCCUACUUCACCCUCCUCCGCCCCGCGACCGCCACGGGGCCGGCGACGUCCCUCUUCGGCAUAUCGUGCACACGACAGCUCGACGCCUCGCAGCUCCUGAAUCGCCCUGCCGACGUCACGCGCUCGACGGUCCAGAAGGCCGUUGUCGUCAUCGCCGACACGCCGCAGCACUUUGGCAUGAUGCGCGAGCGCCUUAGCGUUGUCACCCAGGCGUGGUUCGCCCAGCGUGAGUUUACAGAUACGGAGAUUCUCCGCCGCUUCCAGGAGAGUCUCGCCGAGGAGAAGGAGCGUGGGCUCCUCACCGACGAGGAGAGCCGCGACCAACACCUCGGCAUGAGCCUGCGCGAACUGGUCCAUGAGUUUAAGUGGCAGACCUUAGUGCUACUCAAAUGUUGUCUCCUACAACCAAAGAUGCUCUUCUUCGGAUCAAGAUGUGAACGUUUGUGCAUGAUGCAGUUUUCUCUAAUCUCUUUAAUACCUGGUCUUAUUCGUAAUCUUAUCGACUGCGCUGACCCGGAGCUGAACAACUACGAGAAGAAGCUGGCGCGGCCUACGAGUCUGCGGACUAGCGAUCGUAAUUCCCUGCUCACUUACAUGGGCCUUCCUCUCCAGAUAUUCGGCCAGGGCAGUCUGUUCGGGCCCUAUACCCCCCUCCAGCAGCUCGAUAUUCUGGCCGACUUUGGCACCAAGUCGUACAUCGUCGGCAGCACGAAUUCGCUUCUCUUGCAACAAAAGGACCGCUACAGCGAUAUUUUAAUUAAUCUUGACGAACACACCGUCAACGUCACGUCUUCUUCCCUCAGAAGUGCCCUUGCUCUCUCUGCCGCCGACCGCCGCUGGAUAGACUACAUCACACAGGUCGUCAACGACACCUGGGAUGACGCCAACCCCCAACGGCCCAACACUAUGGGCUAUGUCGGUAGCGAGGAGUUCAUCCGCCUUCAAUUCGAAGAAUAUAUCCUCUCCCUGGUAUCCUCCGUCAAGUAUCACAACCACCUCCUCGCGAAUCCGAACAACCCCAGAGCCCUUCUUCCGCACAUCGAGGGCGACCCGUCCCUAGACUACAGCAGCGACUUUGUCGAAUCGUGGUCCCGCACCGAGAACCACCGCAUCUGGAACGCAAACACUGACUCGCACCUCUUCGACGUCGUCGAGCCGCGGCACCCCUGCGCCGGCGGCCUCACCAUUGACGACGUCCAGCGCCGUAUCGCACAACAGGUGCAGGAUAUGCAUCUCGACGAGCGCCUUGCCGUAGGCAAGGAGGUUCUCGGGCGGAACUUUGCCGUGGGUAAAGAAAAAGCGUCGAACAUGUUCAACAAAUUCUACGCCGAUAUGGAGGCUUUUCGCGAAGCGCAGAGGAAGAAGGCGGAGGAACAGCGCAUCGCGGCGGAGGCGGCUGCUGCUGAAGCCGAAAAGGCUGGCGGGUCUGCUGCUGGACCUACGUCGGGGGGAGCCGCGGACACGGUAAAGACGCCGGGCAAUGCGCCGGCUCCCGGGAACAAGGCCACCUCGUACGUCAGCUCGUGGGUGACGUGGGCUGGCGAGAAGCGCAAGGCCGGAUGGGGUGGAGGCGGGGGCGGCGCCGCCAGUGGGAGCAGUUCUCCGACCGCGACCAGUAGUGGCGGAGGAUACGGCUGGGGCCGCGGAUGGGGAAAGUCAAAGACGGACAUUAGUAGGGCCGGCAACAGCGAAAAGGACUCAGCAUCGGUGUCCGGGUCGCGGGUCUCCACAUCUUCUGCGGGGGUUGACAUCAGCCAGAACCGCCAAAGCGACAAGCAUGAUUUCCAGCCGCUGACGCAAGGCUCAUAUACGGAAUCGGUCUUUUCAGCAGAGACCGCCGAGUCGGAGACGCCCGCGAGCCCCGUGGGGGACCGCCGGCCACAAUCCAAGGGGGAUUCCGCGGCGGAUGCGGUGGCAGACGCGACAACGCCAACAACGGCGACUACCCCAAGCGCACAGGAUGGCCGGUUAGACGGAGGGGAGAGCGUCACCAUCAAGCCCGUGAGCCCCGACGAUGAAAAAGAGCAGGGAGAAACGAUUGCCACCACUGUGUCAGCGACCGCCACGACCGCCAACACCACCAAGGCUCAGCGGCCAGAGCAUGAGAGUGACGACGAUGACGACGUUGAUGCCAAGGAAUCAAGGGCCACGGCGGCAGCUGCGGAGGCGGCAGCCGAAGCGGCGAAGGCAUGGGGCAGCGAUCGCUGA